GUACGCUUUUUCGCGCCAAAAAUAGCUUAAACAUCAACUUCCUGUUUAGAGUAAUCCAUCAUAGAGCGGUCUCUCGCCUAAACGUUGAUUUCAAAUGGCCCUUUCACAACAUUGUGUCUCCAAUUUACCGGUUCCAACAUUCAAGUUGGUGCUUGUUGGAGAUGGAGGUGUAGGAAAAACAACAUUCGUAAAGAGACAUCUUACAGGAGAGUUCGAGAAGAAAUAUGUUGCUACUCUUGGAGUGGAGGUGCAUCCCCUAAAUUUCUGCACAACCAGAGGCGAUAUAAAAUUCAACGUGUGGGAUACUGCAGGACAGGAAAAGUUUGGAGGUCUACGUGAUGGCUAUUACAUCCAAGGCCAGUGCGCAAUCAUUAUGUUUGACGUGACCUCAAGAGUAACAUACAAGAAUGUACCCAACUGGCAUCGAGAUUUGGUGCGUGUGUGUGAAAAUAUACCCAUUGUGCUUUGUGGCAACAAAGUGGACAUUAAGGACAGAAAAGUGAAAGCAAAGUCGAUCGUAUUCCACAGAAAGAAGAAUCUUCAGUAUUACGACAUCAGUGCUAAAAGUAAUUACAACUUUGAGAAGCCCUUCCUCUGGCUGGGAAGAAAAUUGGUCGGCGACCCCAACCUCGAGUUUGCUGCUAUGCCUGCCCUUGCUCCUCCAGAAAUCAACAUGGAUCCUAUGAUGGCACAAAAAUAUGAAGCUGAAUUAGCGGAAGCACAAGACGUGGCACUACCAGACGAUGACGACUCAGAAUUAUAGACAUGCAGUGUGUUAGUAAUUUGAAGAGGAUUGACCUCGCCAGUAUUCUCUAAGCAAGUGGACAUUGAUUGUGGAAUGAGUUAUUAGUAAAACUUGCGUCAUAGACUGGUGGGAAUAUUGAUCAGUCGAGGCCAGUGACAUUUCAGUGUUGCAGAGAAUAUUGGGCAAAGGUUUAUGCUUUUCCUUUGUGAAUGCUCUCAAAAUUCUCCAGAAUUCUUGCGACUCCAUCAUGCUCAGUGUUGUCUUUACUUCGAAAGGCAACAUGUUCACCUGUAGUCGUGAGAUUUAACAAUUUAUGGAAACUGCGAUAAUGGCUAGCCCCAGCUACUGCCAUAUUGGAUAUCGCCAAGCAAAAUCUUUUUUGCGGACACAUAUUUAUUGUUACGCAUCAUUCUGAUUCCCUGUGAUGUUUUCCAAGGAUGUGGAAAUCUUGUAAUGGUCAAAUUAACUGUGGCGAGAUGACUCUUAAAAAGACUUGGGAUACUGGAGUUACUUACUGUCAGAAUUUUGUAAUUUUGACAGCUAUUGAUAUAGUUGUAAUACUGAAGGAACAGAUACAAUUCUAGCAGUAGUUAACAAACAAGUUUAAAAAAAUUCAGGGGAAAUGUUUUUUUCUUUCAUUUUCCCCCCAGCAAUCUCCUUUAUAUAAUUGAUAUUCCAUUGUUAAGUUGAAAGCUGUCUUGAAGUCUUCGUGGGUAAUUAAAACUGUGUUGCAAUUGAAAGGAGAUUUGAGAAACGUGUAAAUUCUGAAGAUAUUUAGCGUUUUUUUUUUCUUGUAAAUAUACAAAAUAUUUUGACAAAAAUGUAUUGUAUCAUUUAUUAUAACUCACAUAGCCAAAUAACAAACUGCUUAUCCUCAAACAAUUUUAAUGAAAUUUAUAUUGAAAAUAUCUAGAAUCUUGCACCAUGGAUAUGAACAUGUGUUAGGUUUAUUAUUUGAAAUGAGAUGAGUGUAUUGUGUUUUUAUAAUUUGGUCUUUAUAUUGUCAUAAUUACUGGAAAUAUUCUGCAAAAUGUUAUUUUAGAAGAAAAAAUAACAAUAAAAAUAUAUAUAAAAUAGCAUUGAUACUUGUGAUUUAAUCUGUUUCAACAUCAGCUACAUGAAAAUAUUAAUGAUCCUGCUACUCUCGGUUAAAACUUGUGGUACAAUUAACACAACUACACAUACAUUUUUUUUUUAAUUGAAAAUUGAUUUUGUUUGUCGUGCAGUUUUUCCAAGUGAUGUAUGUGAUGUGGUACAAGUGUGACUUAAGCAUGUGAAUCGGCAGUAUAUUGGAUAAUUCUUUUAUUGAAACUAAUCAAAGUAGAAUAAGAGGAAAGUUUUUAAUUAGGUUUUUAAAUAUCACUUCCAUCAUACACAUAGAACAACAAAAAAGGAGAAAAAUAGAAUUGUUUGACAAUACAAUAAUAGCAAAACAGUCGCAGAUAACUGUUUAAAAAGGUCUUUCAUUUUUCAGGGCUAUGUAUACGUAUGAAAAAAUGUUUUUGCAUGUCGCAGUUAUCGGAUAGUUCUAAGACCAGCUUAAGAUGUCGGAUUCAAGAAUGAAGAAAAUGAUCUGUGGUGCAUAUUAUGUUUUUGACAGAAACAAGAUCUAUUGUCAAUAAAAACAAAUUAUUAAAUGU